CUUUCAAGUCGCGACCGACGAAAGCCAUCGUCUUCUCCUAUUUCAAGUCUCACCGUCUCCGAUUCCAAGCCUCACCAUCUCCCGUCUCCCUAUCACAUCUCUCAAGAUGAACUCACCAAGAGUACCUGGGACAACUGCUGCGCCUCCUCCUAUGCCUCCUGGUGCUACUGGACCGGCUUCGAACCAUGCUGCUUCCUCUUCUCGUUCCAAUAGCUACCCGCAGAUGACCCUCAAUGCCAUGCUCAAUUCACCUGCUAGGCUAGCACAGCCUCAUCUCCAUCCAGAUAAAAUCAAUGGAGCUUUAUUGUUUGGUAUUGACCCAUGUGUCAACUCUUUCAUUCGGGCAACUUGGCAAGCAUACUACGUGGGGCCUUGGAAGAGUUGGAGGAAGCUUCCUGAUGAAAGGAGGGAAUCAUGGUGGCAAACGUUUGUGCAAAAUUUCUAUUGGGAGCCUGAGUUUAAUGACUUGGUCUACGGUCUUUGGAAGAAAGAAACAUGGAAAACUAUUGGUGAAAGGAUAAGCAAGAAGAAGAGGCAACACAAGAAGCCAAAGUAUAUCAAUGAUGCUGACUGGACACUCCUGUUGGAGCAUUGGGCAACCGAUGCAGCUAAAAAGAAGAGCAAGAAGGCUGCAAAAUCUCAUGGUGGCAUCUGGUACUAAUGAAGAGCCAUCAUUCACUGACCUAGUCAGGGCGACACACAUCCGACCAGAUGGGACUUUUUUGGACUAUCGUGCUGAAGAAAUUGUUACUCAAGCCGAGAUGGAAGCCACACAGCUCUCUAACACUGAAGGAUCACCCGGGAGUCCAAGUGCAUCAUCUACUCCUUCUCGCCUCAAGUUAAAUAAAGGUUAUCUAAAGGUAUCUUUCAUACACACAAUAUAGUAGAGAACCAUGUUAUGUUUGUGUUAAAAAGACUUGAGCUUAUUGUUUAUUUAUUGUGACAUAGACACGGUCCUGGAAAAGAAACAUUAGGUUUCAAUUGUUUUAUGUUCUAAUUUUUAUGUGGAAUUAGAUAUGACUUAGAGCUUCUUAAGAAUGUGGUUUACAAUGUAUUAUGCUAUGUUCUGUUUAUUUACAGUCUUGACAGCCACCUGAGUUUAUUAAAAUUGUUUUAUGUUAUGUUCAACAAAAUUCUAAGGCUAAGAGGGGGCAUGUUUAUGGACUCGGCAGUGCCAAAUACAGGGAGCAAAGCACCUUCUUCAUGCGUCCCUAAUGGUCUUGCCCUCAACCUGGAGCUGGAGAUGCGUGUGGGAGGUCUUGAGACAAGCCUCCAAAGUGUGAGGCAGGACGUGUCUGAGGUGAAGCAGGAUGUGUCUGAGAUGAAGCAGGACUUUGCAUCAACAAGAGAUGAAAUCAAUCAGCUCCUCCAAACGCUUCGUCCCCAACAAGCACCUGCUGAACAGACUUCUGCUCAGCCUCAAGCCCCAAGUACUCAGCCUUAAGUAGGUUCCUGUCUUCUCUUUUGUAACAAGGUUCAUCAAACUCUAGCUGAUCUUUUGGUAGAGUCUUCUUAGACUCUUUAAAACUCUCUUUAAAACUCUUAUACCUUGUAUAAUUAUCUCUGUUUUUGUAAUGUUGAACCUACACUUUUAUAUAUAUGCAACUUCUGUUUUUUAUUAAAUGUGCAAUGUUUUAAUAUUUGAAUGGAAAUAAAAAUUGUUCAAAUUGGCUAAUUAAAGAAGAAAACCAUUUACAAAAAUGGUUACAAAAUAGCCACAAUAGUUACAACGGCUAUAACGUGGCUAAAGAAUACCACGUAAAUAAAAAAACAAAACCGUGGCUUCAUAUAGCUAGCCACGAAAACGUAGUGGCAAAACCGUGACUGCGAGAACCACUUUAAAUUAGUGGUAAAACCGUGGCUAUAAUAGCCACUAAGUGUAGCAACGCUAUAGAUGUUAUUAUCGUGACUAUACAAGCCACGAAAAAAAAGCAUGGUAAAAGCGUGGCUAGUAGCCACGAUAAGCCACAUUUUUUUUCAGCCACGAGGCUAUAGCCACGGUAAAUUCAUUUUUAAAAACGUGGCUCUUUCUUCGUAGCCAUAAAAUUCUGCUCUAUAGCCAUGGAGUUGUAGUGGCUAUGCGGUAUAUUUUUACUAGUGUUAUAAUUUACUUAGAUUUUUAUAACAUACGUCAGUUUGUAUUUCUACCACUCUUUUGCUGUAAACAUUUACAUCCACUUACACUAUGAAGUUUACAUUGCUAAACUUGUUUAUUACUAUUAUGGUAUUCUAGUUUAUUGGUUGGUAACUUCAUGGAACAUCAAACACAAGAUUAAAUAACACAUGUAUAAAUUAACGGUUGGGACUAUAUAAAACAAAGACUUCUAUAAUUUAUUAUUCAUUGUUGUCAGUAAAUUAUUAUUUUAUAUUAUUAUACAGAUAUAAUUUUAUUAAAUAAUUAACAACAUAAUUUCAUAUUAACAACCUUUAGAUUUAUUAGAUAUUGGGGGCAUGUCUGUGUUUCGCGUGGAAUAUUAUUUUAUUGUUGUUAAUUAUUAUUUUUCGGAUGAUAUAGUUAACUAAUUAUGUGAUUGUCUUUAUUUGCUAAGAGUAUUAUUUGGUAUUUUUAUUAUGUUAUGUAGUAAUAGGUGAUAUGCUAACAUAUUAUGUGUUUGCUUUUCUUAAUAGUGUGUUGUUGUGGGUAUAAUAGUAGUAUUAGUGGUGGAGUGAGUUUGUGAUGUAAUGCAUAGUGAAUUUUAAUAAUUUUACAUUUAGGCAUUUGUUGAUUGUAAGGCUAAUGGUUUCAGGGUAAAAAUUAAUAUUUUUUCCAAUUAUUUGAAUAUUACUUUUUAAAAAUGUUUUGUGCUCUCUCCCUAUAUUUUUACAUUGAGUCGUCACCAUCUAUGCAUUUCGUUUACCUUUCUGAUUUGCUGUGAUUCUUACUAUCACCGAAAAAGAUUCACAUAUGUGCUCUUGUUCUUCCUCACAUUUUUCUCCUUUUCUUCCUUAGAUUUCGACUCAUGUUAGGAACUGCAUCUCUUUGGGUUGGGUCAGAGUUUAGUCGUCUUUGAAGUUGUUUUCCUCGUCGUUGGCUUACCAUCGAUAGUCCUUUAUCGUCUUGGUUUUCAAGAUAUGGUUUUUGGUGAUUUGACUUCUAUAGCUCGAGGACGGCUCCAUGAUUUGAUUAUUUCGUUUUGUCUACCCUUCCAUCUAUGUUCCCUCUUCUCAUUGCAGCUUUCAUCGUUGCUUGCGUCUCUGUGACUCUCCCUUUUGCCAUGUUUUCCACUCCAGGUUCGGAUAGUGUUCUCCUCCGAGUACGCUUUGUAGAUUUGGAAGAUUGUUUCUGGUCUCAAGUCUGGGCUCUGGUUUCUCGGGGGUUGGCUUCCGUUCUCCCUCACUCAGGCUGUUCUCUUCUUUUCUUGCUUCCCUUAGUAUAAGUGUGCGGUAUUAGUCUCUUGGAGCUUUGGUCCCUUAUAUCCAGAGCUUUAUGGUUCUUCACCGGCAUAGGCGUCUUGUUUAUGCUUGUUUAGUUUGUGAGGUGCUUCUUACCUCUUAGUUGGUGGUUGUGCUUAUCGUUCGGUAUGUAUGUCUCUUCCUGCUUCAUGGUAAUUUUGGCCUUUUGUUGAUUAUUCCUGUAACCCGCUUUCUUGGUUCUUUGCAUUGGUCCUUGAUCAGUUCUUUUGUGUUCGAGGGAUUGCUUUUUCUCAAAAUUAUCUUUCUACAUUUUUUUGACUUUUGAUUGUUCUGUCCAACACACUCUAUGAUAAAGUGGGGAAAGUUAGUUUUCGUUCUUGAUCGCCUUUGAGCUCUGGACUUUUAUUGAGUUAGCGUUACUCUGGUAUUUUUUCUCUGUGAUUAUGGAGGUUUUAUGUUUAGAUUAUGUGUUAUGCUUUAGUUUGGUGAAUAUUAAGAUCAAUAUAUAGUUGUAAAUGAAAUAAUAGAAAAUAAUAAAUAGCGAAAGUUUAUGUUAUUUUUAGCUGUGAAUAAAUUAAAUAUUUAAAAUACAUUUAUAUUUUUUACUUAUUUCUUUAUUCAUUUUGCAAUUUUUUGGACAAUAAAAUAGAUUAUCAAAGUUCAAAUGAUGAUGGUUAGUGUGAGAAGUAUUAGAUAGUGCAUAAUUAGAAAAUAGUGAACCAAAUUGCAAUAAUCUAAAAAAAAAUGAUCUAAAAUGUAAAAAGACAAAAAAAA